AUGACCCCGUCAACUGCAAAUAUUCUUACACUUAGUGAUGAAAUAUUACUUAAUAUUUUCAACAAACUCGACAAUAUGGAUGUAUUAUAUUCAAUUAUAGGAGUCAAUCGAAUACUCGAUCGAGUCGCUCGAGAUACGAGUUUUACACAAUCUCUUAACUUUUUAAAAAUAUUAGAUAAUACUAAUAAUCUGAAAAUUAAUUUUAUUCUUGAUCGAUUUUGUUUGGAUAUCAUACCUCGUAUUAAACACUCUAUUAAAUGUCUGACUAUUGAUUUGUUCUCAAUUGAUCGUGUUCUUCGUAUUGGAAAUUAUCCUCAACUUCGUAAACUUACUCUUAACAAUGUUCAACGAUAA